CUCAGUCAUCAUGGGCAGCAUAUUCUGCAGGUAACUUAAUGAUUCCAGUUUACAAUACGUCAGGUAACUUAAUGAUUCCAGUUUACAAUACGUCAGGUAACUUAAUGAUUCCAGUUUACAAUACGUCAGGUAACUUAAUGAUUCCAGUUUACAAUACGUCAGGUAACUUAAUGAUUCCAGUUUACAAUACGUCAGGUAACUUAAUGAUUCCAGUUUACAAUACGUCAGGUAACUUAAUGAUUCCAGUUUACAAUACGUCAGGUAACUUAAUGAUUCCAGUUUACAAUACGUCAGGUAACUUAAUGAUUCCAGUUUACAAUACGUCAGGUAACUUAAUGAUUCCAGUUUACAAUACGUCAGGUAACUUAAUGAUUCCAGUUUACAAUACGUCAGGUAACUUAAUGAUUCCAGUUUACAAUACGUCAGGUAACUUAAUGAUUCCAGUUUACAAUACGUCAGGUAACUUAAUGAUUCCAGUUUACAAUACGUCAGGUAACUUAAUGAUUCCAGUUUACAAUACGUCAGGUAACUUAAUGAUUCCAGUUUACAAUACGUCAGGUAACUUAAUGAUUCCAGUUUACAAUACGUCAGGUAACUUAAUGAUUCCAGUUUACAAUACGUCAGGUAACUUAAUGAUUCCAGUUUACAAUACGUCAGGUAACUUAAUGAUUCCAGUUUACAAUACGUCAGGUAACUUAAUGAUUCCAGUUUACAAUACGUCAGGUAACUUAAUGAUUCCAGUUUACAAUACGUCAGGUAACUUAAUGAUUCCAGUUUACAAUACGUCAGGUAACUUAAUGAUUCCAGUUUACAAUACGUCAGGUAACUUAAUGAUUCCAGUUUACAAUACGUCAGGUAACUUAAUGAUUCCAGUUUACAAUACGUCAGGUAACUUAAUGAUUCCAGUUUACAAUACGUCAGGUAACUUAAUGAUUCCAGUUUACAAUACGUCAGGUAACUUAAUGAUUCCAGUUUACAAUACGUCAGGUAACUUAAUGAUUCCAGUUUACAAUACGUCAGGUAACUUAAUGAUUCCAGUUUACAAUACGUCAGGUAACUUAAUGAUUCCAGUUUACAAUACGUCAGGUAACUUAAUGAUUCCAGUUUACAAUACGUCAGGUAACUUAAUGACUCCAGUUUACAAUACGUCAGGUAACUUAAUGACUCCAGUUUACAAUACGUCAGCCUGUUUCACGGGCAACUUAUUGACUCCCCUUCAGCCUGUUUCACACCCAAAUUAUUGA